AGAGAAAUACUGCUAGGAGUAGAAUAGUUGGAGAGACAAAUCAUGGAGCAGUACUGGGACGACGACGACCUCCUCGUCGCAGCUCAAUCCGACUUAUGGAACCACCUGUUCGUCUUCCUAAAAUCCAUGUCGCUCAAAUGCGCAGUCGAGCUCGGCAUCCCCGACGCCAUCCACCGCCACAGCGGCCCCGUCUCCGUCCCCGACCUCGUCGCCGCGCUCAGCCUCCCGGCCGCCAGACUGCCGCCGCUCCGCCGCCUCAUGCGCAUGCUCGCUUUCUCCCGCCUCUUCACGAGGCAGACGUCGGAAGCCGCCGCCGGCGGGGAGGAGGAGGAUUUGUACGGCCUCACGCCGACGUCCCGCCUGCUCGUCGACGACGCCGGAGGCCGCCGCAGUCUCGCGCCGUUCGUGCGCGCGAUGCUCGACCCAGUGCACACGGCGCCGUGCCUGCACGUAGGGGACUGGUUUAAAGCAGCCGACGGCGCCGCGACGCCGUUCGAGGCGGUACACGGAAGCGUUAUCUGGGGCGUGACGAGGAGCAACCCGGAGUUCAACGCGGUGUUCAACGAGGGGAUGGCGGCGGACGGGACGUUCAUAAUGGACGUGAUCGUCAGAAAAUGCGGGCAUGUCUUCCGCGGGCUGCGGUCGCUGGUCGACGUCGGCGGGGGGACCGGCGCUGCCGCCGGCAUCGUCGCAGAGGCGUUUCCGCACAUCAAGUGUGCAGUUCUUGAUCUGCCUCAGGUCGUCCAGGGGCUGCCAGCGGACGGGCCCGUUGACUUUGUCGCGGGCAGCAUGUUCGAGCGCGUUCCUCCGGCGGAUGCUGUGAUGUUGAAGUGGAUUCUGCAUGACUGGGACGAUGAGGUUUGCGUGAGGAUACUGCAGAAGUGCAAGGAGGCGAUCCCAUCGAGAGAGGCCGGAGGGAAGGUGAUCGUUGUGGAGCAGGUGACAGGGUCGAGCCCGGAAGAGAAGUCGACGGAGAUGCAGCACUUCUUCGACGUGUGGAUGAUGAUCCUGACCGGGGGACGCGAGAGAGAUGAGCAGGAAUGGUGCAAAAUAUUCACUGAGGCGGGGUUCAGUGAUUAUAAGAUUGCUGCCACGCUUGGACUUCGAUCAGUUAUUGAAGUGUUUCCUUAAAAUGAAAUUUCUUUCGAGGUGAACUUUUAGUUGGACUUGGAGCUUGUUAUGAAUUAUGAUUGUUGGAUAAAAUAGUAUGGACUUUUGUUUAUUUACCUUUUACUACUAUUAAUAAUAGGGUUAUUUG